CUCUCUCUGUCUCUCUCCGGGGGAACAUGGAGCUCCGGUCGAUCCUCCUCGCGCUCCUCGUCUUGUCCGUCUCUCUGCAGCUCGUGUCCGGCGCGGCCCCGCGGACCGGACCGAGAGUCACGGAGAAGGUGUUCUUUGACAUCACAGUGGCGGGUCACGAGGUGGGGCGGAUCGUCAUCGGGCUGUUUGGAGAGGUCGUCCCACUCACUGUCAGCAACUUUGUCGCCCUGGCAACUGGAGAGAAAGGUUACGGCUACAAAGGAACCAAGUUCCACAGAGUCAUCAAAGACUUCAUGAUCCAGGGAGGAGACUUCACCGCCGGAGACGGAACCGGAGGUCACAGUAUCUAUGGAACAACUUUUGCAGAUGAAAACUUUAAGCUGAAGCACCUGGGAGCAGGCUGGGUGAGUAUGGCUAACGCCGGGCCGGACACCAACGGGUCGCAGUUCUUCAUCCUGGCCACCAAGGCGCCGUGGCUGGACGGGAAACACGUGGUCUUUGGCAAAGUCCUGGACGGGAUGGCGGUGGUUCACACCAUCGAGCUGCAGGACACCAACGACAGGAACCUGCCGUACACCGAGUGCGUGGUCGUCAACAGCGGCAGGAUCCCCGUCAAAGAGCCCUUCGUGGUGGAGGUGGAGGGCUGGUGAAGAGGCCCCGGACAGCGUGUGAUCGAUGGAAACUGCCGGUCGAUCACAAGUCAUUUGCCAAAUUAACAUUUUUAUCUAAUUUUUGCAUAACAAAAAACUAACAAGUAGGGCUGGGUACUGUUCCAGAAAUACUGUAUGUUUCUUCCAUAUUAGCAAGCUAACAUGAGCGUGAAGCAUUUUAAUACUGGAUACAAACAUGUUUGCAUGCCAACUGUGACAAGUCACAAAGACUAAACGUAACAUGCUAAACAUUAGCGUGUUAGCAUCGAGUAGUGGUAACAUGCUAACCUUAGGCUGCUAACGCUAGCAUGCUAAGAAACUCUUAGCGUUUCUUCGCAAGCUAACAUGAGCGUGAAGCAUUUCAUACUGGAUGCUAACAUGUUUGCAUGCCAACUGUGACAAGUCACAAAGACUAAACGUAACAUGCUAAACAUUAGCGUGUUAGCAUCGAGUAGUGGUAAAAUGCUACCCAUAGGCCGCUAACGCUAGCAUGCUAAGAAACGAUAUCACAUCGAGUGACAUUUUUAAUCUAAAGUUAUUAAUAGAACAUAUCAGUGACACGGUUACUGUCUUAACAAACGUCUGUGACGGGAGUUUUUAUCAACUUCCUGGUGACGGGAAAAAAGAAUCAGUGGUAAAUUAAAGACUUGAUACUUGAUAAAAAUACGAUGCUGAGUGAAUUUAGAACAGAAAACAAAGAUAAUGAAGGAAGAACGUUCUUCUGUUCACUCUGGUUGCACAUCAGUAUCAUAACAAAAGUACAGUAAGUUUCAGUUUUAAAUUGAAAAUAUUUCAUUUUUUCGUGUAGCUUAAGGGUUUUUAGGGUCUUUAACAUGUAGCAUGACUUUUAGGGGAAUUAAUGAAAAAACAUAUCACUGAAUGAAAUAAGAUUUUUUAAAGGUUUAAUUUAAAGGUUAAUCUUUGUAACCUACGUACAAUUAAUGUGUAUAAAAAAUGUUGUAAUAGUCUAAAUCUUAAACCCUUGAGAUGUGAGGUUCAGCAGGUUCACUGUGGUUCAUGCUAACAUUUUUAUACGUUAGCGCACUUGCAUACUGUACAAAGUGGGUGGAGCCAGUUAGCAUCAGCCCUAAACUGCAUAGCAACACAAUUUACUCUUCCGUCAUUUCACAACAGGAAACAGACUGAAGAGCAUGUUUGAGGUUCGGUGCUGUGAAAUCAAACGUGAAAUCAUAUCAUGGAAACGACCACGUAGCUCCUCAUCAAUCUCUUAUUGCCAGAUCACUUCUCAUUUGCCAAAUGUUCCUUACACACUCUCCUAUGCAUCGACUUAAUAUUUAAAUAUCGUCACUAACAAACAAUAUGCAAAAAAAACGUACAAACUCUGUAGCAAGUGUCAAAAUGCCAUUCUGGUACUUUAUUGUUGAGGAAUAAAAUUUUUCCUUUUCCAAUAUCUUUACUUCCUGAUGAAUUAUGCAUCAUAUCUUGUUUGCAAAAAAAAGAAGAAAUAUACAGCACAAAUUGCACAGGAUGAAAAAUGUUUUAAAAAGUGUGGAAAUGAUAAUUAAUAUUGUCUGAUACUGUUUGUGAAUGAGUUUAAAUAUUGGAUUUGUGUUGGAGGUUUAUCGUUGUUCUUCUGACUGUUACUUCAUUGUUGUUCUGUUUAAUUUCGUCUCUGGUCUUUUUUACGUUUGUGCAGCAUUUAAAAAACCAACAUGUCGAAAAGUAACGUUUUCAUUAUUUAUAUUUCAGCAGAAGAAAAAUACCAACAGGUUUUUAUUUUCUACAAUAAACAUUAUGCUGAGAACGUC